AUGAAGAACGUCGAGAUUCGACGCAUUUGGCAACAGAAUUUGGAAACCGAGUUUUCUCUAAUUCAGUCCAUGAUUCGUUACCACCCUUUUCUCUCCAUAGACACUGAAUUCCCGGGCACGGUUUUCCAAUAUUCCGAUUCCUACACACCCUUAACCCUGGCGUCCAAAUAUGAGCUCAUGAAGGCCAGCGUCGACAACACCAACAUAAUCCAGUUAGGGCUAAGGCUCUCGGACAACAACGGAAACCUACCCUGUUUUGGCACAAAUAGCUGCUACAUACGGGAGUUCAACUUCAGGGACUUCGAUGUCGAACGUGACCUUCAGAACACAAGUUCGAUUCGGUUGCUUAAUGUGGAUAUGGCUUGCAAGAGUCUACUGAUUGCAUUUAUUAAUGUGGAUAUGGCUUGCAAGAGUCCCAUUUGUGAUGGACUCAUAAACUAG